AUAUGUGCUCACUGGGUUUUGUUUCCUAAGGUCCAGAAAUGCCCUUGGUAUGUCUGACCGACUUCCAAGCACAAGCUCGAGAGCGGCUGCCUAAGGCAUCAUGGGAUUUUAUUGAAGGAGCUGCGGAUGAAGGCAUCACCAUGCGCGACAACAUGGCAGCAUUUAAAAAAAUCCGCCUCCGUCCCCGCUACCUGAAAGAUGUGUCCCAGGUGGACACCGGGACCACCAUCCAGGGGGAAGCCAUCAGUGCUCCCAUUUGCAUCGCGCCCACAGCUUUUCACUGCAUUGCCUGGCCUGAUGGAGAAAUGAGCACAGCCAGAGCUGCCCAAGCAGCAGGUGUCUGCUACAUCACCAGCACCUAUGCCAGCUGCACCCUGGAAGACAUUGUUGCUUCCGCUCCCAGUGGCCUACGGUGGUUCCAACUCCUUGUGCAGCCUGACUGGCAGCUGAACAAACAGCUGAUCCAAAGGGCAGAAUCUCUAGGUUUCAAAGCUCUGGUGGUCUCUGUGGAUGUGCCCGUAAUUGGAAAAAGGCGUGAUGACCUGAGGAACCAAAUCGAUUUGAAGGCAAACAUAAAGCUAUGUAAGAUUCUUCAAUCACCUGAUGAGGCCAAGGCUGUGCCUUCCUCUCUGCUGGCUGCCAUGAAUGCAUUCUUCUGCUGGGAUCACAUCCCUUGGCUUCAGAGCCUGACUCGAUUGCCCAUCAUCCUUAAAGGGAUCCUGACAAGAGAGGAUGCAGAGUUAGCAGUGAAGCACAAUGUUCAAGGCAUCCUUGUUUCCAACCACGGAGGGAGGCAGCUUGAUGAAGUUCCUGCUUCAAUUGAUGCCCUGGCAGAAGUGGUGGCUGCUGUUCAAGGGAGAAUGGAAGUGUACCUGGAUGGUGGGGUUCGAACUGGCAACGAUGUGUUGAAAGCCCUGGCCCUUGGAGCUAAAUGCAUAUUUCUUGGGAGACCAAUCCUGUGGGGUCUUACCUGCAAGGGUGAAAAGGGUGUUGAGGAAGUCUUGAACAUUUUAAAAGAGGAGUUCCGCACUUCUAUGACCCUUACAGGCUGCCGAUCCAUUGCCGAGAUCAACCGGGACCUGAUUCAGCUCUCCAGGUUGUAAGAACCCCACAACAUGAUAUGCAAUGCUGGUCUGCCUGAACCUUGGCCUGGCCUGGAGCGCCUGCCCUAACCAUCAACUCCCCACCCCCUGUGCUUGUUGCCCUCCAAAUGCCUCACCGUCCUCAAUGUACCCCUCCCUUCUUGGCCUUGCUUCCUUUUAUAUGAUUUGUCUUGCCUAAAACUCUACUUCAAAAUAAAGAUCACAAGAGGGUAGAUGGGAAAU